UGAAGUGAGGGCUGGGUUGGGAGCAAUGACAGCAGAGAGGGAGAGGGAGCCCAUUGUUUCGGGUGGGCUGAGGGGCUGCUCCUGCACAGCUCCACAAAGGGAUCUCUCCAGACCUCGCCUGUCUGUGGCACAAUGCUCACCCACGGGGGCUCGGGAAAGCAUCGUGGGGUGACACUGCUGAGCCCCAGCAGCCUGCAAAUUCACUUUGCGAGUGGAGAGCCUGCGAUCGGAUCCGCCGCCGAUCUCCUGGGAGCUGGUAUUUUGGUCCUUCUGCUUCCUGCCUGGGGACUCGGGGCUCUGCUAUUUUAAGAAAUGUUCCUCAAGAUCGUGGGAAUCACCAUCCAGCAGGUUGCCCAGACACAAUGGACAUAUUGUUACUCUCCAGGUCAUAUUACCAGUAGCCUAACAACCUGCACCAGAAGAUGCAUUUAACGUUUUUGCUGUUCUCCAUUUCUGAUCCACUACUGUCUUCUCCUAAUGGUGCCUUCACCCUCCACCAUGAAUGAUGAGCAGAGACUGCACAACAACGCGGUAGCCUGGCUUAUAUGUUCAGGGAUAUCACUUUUAGCUAAUGCCUGGGGGAUUCUCAGUAUAAGUGCCAAACAGAAGAAAUGGAAGCCUUUGGAAUUUCUAAUCUGCACAUUGGCCGGAACUCAUAUUCUUAAUAUGGCCAUUCCCAUCACCAUGUACUCAGUGAUCCAGCUAAGAAAACAGCACUCAGACUAUGAGUGGAAUGAAGGGGUCUGCAAAGUCUUUGUCUCUACGUUCUACACCUUAAGCCUUGUCACCUGCUUCUCUGUCACCUCUUUAUCCUAUCAUCGUAUGUGGAUGGUACGCUGGCCGGUAAACUACAGGUUAAGCAAUACAAAGAAGCAAGCAGUGCACACAGUGAUGGGAAUAUGGAUGGUAUCGUUCAUUCUCUCCACCUUACCCGCCGUUGGAUGGCACAAUCCCACUCAGAGGUUUUAUGCUGGAGACUGCCGCUUUAUUGUUACAGAGAUUGGCCUUGGCUUUGGGCUGUGUUUUCUCUUACUGAUCAGCGGCAGCGUGGUGGUGGGGGUCGUCUGCAUUGGAAUCUCCCUUUUUCAGACCUUUUCCAUACAAACUGGACAAAACGUUGACAAAAAUAAAUUCAACGUGCCCACUAUUGUGGUCGAGGACGCUCAUGGCAAACGACGGUCAUCAAUUGAUGGAUCAGAGCCCAUUAAGACUUCACUGCAGAUAACUUACUUGAUAUCUGGGAUUGUAUUUAUAUACGACUUCCUAAUGGGGUUCCCUAUAUUGGUUGUAAGUUUUGCCAGUUUGAAGUUUGACAAGUCAGAUGACUGGAUGGUCCUGGGUGUCCUCUGGUGUUCUGUAAUCCAAGCUCUUCUGCUGCCGAUGUUCCUCUGGGCCUGUGACCGCUACCGGGCAGAUGUCAAAUCUGUCUGGGACAAAUGUAUAGCAAUCAUGUCCAAUGAUGAUGAAAACGAAGACCACAGUCCUGAUGGGGGCAUUCACUCUGAUCUCAUAUAUGAAAGACCCUAUGACUACAAUUAUGGGGGUGACAUCAUGGCCAUGGAACGUAUUACCAAGUAUGACUUUUCAGCUUUAGAAAGGGGAAUCCCUCAGAUGUAUCCUAUGAAGGAGACUCAAGAAGAUAAAAUGCACUAUCUCCAGGUCCCUCCAACGAGACGCUAUUCCCAUGAUGAAACAGAUAUUUUUACAACAGGUCAGAUACCGGCGUUCCUUCACGGCUGGGGAUCCUCAGAAGACAUUGCUGCUAUUUCAUUCUUUACACUGCCGAGACGUGAAAGACGCAGUAGCCUGAUAAUGUACCAUGAAGACGCCAGCUUGCCCUAUCGAAAGUGCCGAAAAGCCUCUGAGAGCCUCAUUUCACUUAAACACUUUACCCUGGAAGAACUCUACAAAAAUGACUUUAAGUGCUUUAGCAGAGAAGAAGUGGUCAGUUUUAUCGAUGACACUCCUCUGCCAAGUCCAAGGAAAGGUCCUAUAAGGUCUUCUUCUAUUGCUCUUAUUCCUGAUGCUCUACAACAUCCCACACUUACUCAUUUUACCCUGACAGACUUUGAAAGAGAGCCGCAGGUAUUACAGAGAUUCUCCCCUCAUGGAAAAAGCUGUACUCUAAAUGUACCUAGUCAUCAUAGACCUCAUGAUGACCAUAAAAGGUUCUAUACCGAAGGUCACCGAAGAACCCGUAAUAGUCAAAGACGUGUUCAGAAGGCUGAAUCUCAGAAACUGGAGGAGGUAGCCUCCAAAAAUAUCUCUGGUGACUCAAACAAUUGCCAGACGGGGCUAAGCAAUACCUGGACUGGACAGGACCAACCCAACAAAGUAGAAGAUAAGGGGAGUACAAACAGCUUUUUAAGUUCACCUUCCGCAUCAUCUGGUUACAUAACAUUCCAUUCAGAUUCCAUUGGAUCUACGUCUUAGGGAUUUACAUUUUUUGAAGUUUUUAGACUUUUUGGUCAAGGACAGGUACUUUGUUUCAGGGUUUACAAUUUCUCCUUUUCUUGUAUUUUAAUACCCGGAACUGGAAACAGCACCAAAGAAGAGAACUUGUAUUUUAAUAAGCUCAACGGAAACAACUUUUUAGCUUUUUCUGCUUUUCUUAGGGAAAUAAAUAAAUAAAUUCAGGAAUACUGAUUCACAGAUCAUAAUUAGUUUGGGUUCUCCUGAGCAAAAACAGAAAAUAAAAACAUGGAAAACAAACUGCUAAAUACAUAUAUUUUGUAAGAAAAAAUAAUGCAAAAACAAUAAUGCAUCCAAUUCGUUGUACAUGAAAAAUGUGGCUUAAAAUGCAUUAUCUCCUUACACGUCAUCUUCAAUAAAUAUAUUAUGCAUGCUUAAGUACUUUCUCUGUCCGCGGUCUAUAAGUGACUUUUGAUAUACAUUUUACGAUUUUGUAUUUACUGAAUGAACUUUGGUUUGUGUGGGUUAUGCUAAUGAUUUGAUGAAAAACUUUUCAUUUGAAAGAAAUUGAAAAAAAUUGAAAUAUUGUACCUCUUAUGUAUUGUAUUCUUUGUACUGUAUCUUUUUUAAAGGGGAGAAAAUAAUUUGCUUUAUAUUGAUUUUGUAAUUCAAAAAUUUGGCAUUGUUUAAACAGUUUUUUUUUUAAAUAAGUGGGUCAGCAAAGCUGAAGCCUGUCCAUUUUCCUAGUUUCCAAAAUAUAAUUUGCAAAAAAAUUACUGACUUAUGAGAGAAAUCCACCAGGUGUGAAUUAUGAUCUGCAAUUAUAAAAAGAAAAAAAUUAUACAGAUGAUUUACAGGAACAUUGAUGGAACGUAACCAUGAUUCAUGUUCUUCUGUGACCUGGAAAAUCUCUUCCUGAAGGUUCCUCUGGGUCCAGUUCAGAAAACAAAUGUUGAUCGUUUUCUCUUUUGUACUAGAUUUAAAGGGUGUGAGCACUUUUGCAAUCAACAUUUUAAUUUCUCUUAAAGCAUCUAAAUAAAAAAAUAAUUAAUAAGCAAUGUUGCAAAAGCCUUGAUUAAAAAUCUCCUGCAUUUUUUGUGUACAGCUCCUGUACAGACCUAUGUGUCUCCAUGGUUACAGACAACAAACAAACUCUGUGUAAUGUGACGUUGCUGCCAUAUGUUAUCCUCUUUCACCUGCCUCCUCUUGUAUUGUCUGUAGGUGAAGGAAUAACUUGAAGCUCUUGGGCUCUAAUGCAAAAUCUUUUACAGGGCAUCCACCUGCCAUGCGCCAUUUAUAAUACCGGCGUCUUCUUGUGUGGCAGAGGAGAUUUUGGCCCCUUCAGGCUAUAGAGCCUUUAUGCAGCCACCAUCUCUACAGCCCCUAUAGCUAUGACUCUGUCUAUUGGUAAAUAAGAAGAAGGGGCAGAGGAAUGGGAGUAACAUAUGUCUGAAUAUCAGACUACACAGAAUGUGUUUGUAGUCUGUAGCCAUGGAGACACAGAUCUGCAUAAGGAGAUGUGGUAUGACAUUCAUAUUUGAGAUUAUUUGCAGUGUUGCUUCUCUUUAUGUCUGAGAUGCAUUGGUACAAUAAAAACAUUGGUUUAAAUGUAUACACACUCCUAAGAAGCCAGUGAUUGGCUCAAGUUGUCAGGGAUAUUUC